CAGACUUACCUGAAAUACAGCUGGAGUAGGCAAGGGUGCAAACCUGCCAUACAGAUCUUGUCUAGGGUAUUUAAAGGUCUCACAGUUUGCAAGAGCUACAGAAUGAAAACAUUUUAGGAGAGAAUUAGCUAUCGUUGGCACAACGGCAAGAACAGCUGGCUUUUAUGAAUAACUCUCUUUCAUUAUGUCAUUGUCAGCAAGGGCCCCAACGCAUAAUAUUGAGAUGCAGACUCUUCUGAAGGGCAGAAGAGUGGGCUACUGGCUCAGCGAGAAGAAGAUCAAAAAGAUGAAUUUCCUAGUAUUCGUGGACAUGUGCAGGAAACGAGGCAUAGAAAUGGUUCAGCUGGAUCUGAGUCGGCCCCUGGAGGAGCAGGGCCCUCUGGAUGUCAUCAUCCACAAGCUGGCGGACCUCAUUCUGGCGGACCAGAACGACACACAGGGCCUGCUAUUGGUGCAGAGUGUCCAGGAUUACAUCGACACCCAUCCUGAAACGGUGGUUCUGGACCCGCUGCCGGCCAUUAGGACCCUGUUGGACCGCUGCAAGUCCUACCAGCUCAUCCGCAGGCUUGAGGACUGCAUGAAAGAUGAAAGGAUCUGCUCUCCUCCCUUCAUGGUUCUAAGGAGUGAGUGUGGAACCGACACUCUCAAAGACAUCCAGAAACAUGGCAUUACCUUCCCUUUCAUUUGUAAAACUCCAAACUCCAACUCCCAUGAGAUGGCCAUCAUAUUCAGUGAGGAGGACCUGAAGGAUGUUAAGCCCCCGUGUGUGAUCCAGAACUUCAUUAACCACGAUGCUGUACUCUACAAGGUGUAUGUGGUGGGAGAAGCCUACUACGUGGUGGAGAGGCCUUCUAUCAGAAACUUCCCUUUUGGACCUGCAGAGAGAAAACCCAUUUUUUUCCACAGUCACGAUGUGUCCAAGCCAGAGUGUGCUUCCGACCUGAAUUCUAGGGACAAUGUGGAGGGGGUGUCCAGGGUGCCUAUUGAUGAUGUCAUCAGGGAGAUCUCCAGGUGUCUGCGGCGAGCACUGGAUGUGUCCCUGUUUGGCAUUGACAUCAUCAUCAGCAACCAGACAGGGCAGCAUGCAGUCAUUGACAUCAACGCAUUUCCAGGUUACGAGGGUGUCCCGGAGUUCUUUGACGACCUACUGAGUCAUCUCACAAGUGUUCUCCAGGAGCGGGCAUUUGGGAAGACCAGCGUGGUCGGGGGACAGCCCACCGCCGCAGCCCUGGCCGACUGUGGGAAACCCUGCAUGCUCCUUGGAAACGAGUCCAACACCUGGAUCGUAGAGGGAGACGGCGUCAAGAGGGGAGGCAAUCAGGGACUGGGGUGCGACUCUGAAGUUUCGGCCAACUUCCAACAACAUUGUGUGUCUGACAUCCCCACCAAAGCCUCCUCGCAUUAAUGCCGAGCCCCUAGUAGUGAAGAACAAGAUUAUGUAUGUAAUAUAUAUAAAUAUACAGUGACACCCUUGAUAAAGAUGAGUAAAAAUGACUAUCAAAUAAAUAAUUCAAUUACUUAGCUAUAUUGUAUUUUUUUAUUGUAUUUUAUACAAUUGCUCAGAGAAAGAGAUUGUUUAAUAAGUAAUCUUUUUAAAUGUAAUCUGACCAUAGCACAGGUUUCAAUCCAAGUGCCAAUCCCAUUUAACAAACUCCAAGCAUUUACAUUUGUUGGAUGACAUGAAAAUACAGCUCUUUAUUUUAUUGUCAUUUUUGCUAAUCUUUAUCAAGGGUGUCAAUCACUGUGGACCACACUGUAUGGUUGCUGGCUAAAUAAAUGAAACGCCAACAUAGUGUCUUAAUAGGGUGUUGGGCCACCAUGAGCCAGAAGAGCUUCAAUGCAUCUUGGCAUAUAUCAGGGUUCUCCAACCCUAUUCCUGAAGAGCUACCAUCCUGUAGGUUUUCCUCCAACCCUAAUGUAGCACACCUGAUUCUAGUAAUUAGCUGGAUGAUAAACGGAAUCAGUUUAGUUAUUACAGGAAGGUAGCUCUACAGGAACAGGGGUGGAGAGCCCUAGCAUAGAUUCUACAAGUGUCUGGAACUCCAUCAUUUUGUGUUUUGUUGGUGGUGGUGGUGGAAAGCGCUUUCAGGCGCCACUCCACAAUCUCCCGUAAGUGUUCAAUUGCAUUGAGAUCUGGUGACUGAGAUGGCCAUGGCAUAUGGUUUACAUCAUUUUCAUGCUCAUCAAACCAUUCAGUGACCACUCGUGCCCUGUGGAUGGGGGCAUUGUCAUCCUAUUGGGCCAUAGCCAUGAUAGCCAAAAUAAUGACCUGCCCAGUAUUUUUAUACAUGACCCUAAGCAUAAUGGGAUGUUAAUUGUUUAGUUAACUCAGGAACCAUGCCUGUGUGGAAGCACCUGCUUUCAAUAUACUUUGUAUCCCUCAUUUACUCAAGUGUUUAAAUUAUUUUGGUAGUUACUAAUUCAUGUACUUGCUGAGGGCAAGACCACUAGAUUUCUUACAUAUUCUUAAUAUUAAUGUGCUUGCUGAAGGCAAGACCGCUCUAGAUUUCUUAUAUAGUCUUAUUAGGCAAGCACAACUUUAGAAACUGUUCAUACUUAUUAUGACGCUGGAACCUUUAGUGCCAAAACUGUAAAAUUUACAAACACCAAAACAACUUUUAAAACGUCCAGACAGCCACUGCUCAGGUUGCUUGAAAAAAAAAAAACGUUUUGAUACUACUAAUACUUUUCACACUACAACCAUAUUUGCAUAAAUCCCAAUGUAUUUCAAUAGAAUUCCGGUCGUAACUAGUCUUCCACCGUUUAAACUAGAAAUGCUAUUCAAACUUUCAAAUGUUUAGACUGGUCUGGAAUAGGUUGCUUGUAUACAGCUUUUUGAUACCAUUUAUACAUUUUGAACUAUAACUGUUUUAAAUAUGCAUAGAAACUCCAUAGGCUUGAAUGGGAUGUUUUGUUUUAUUUUGUAUUUUAAAGCAUACAUUUUAUGUGAAGCUGCUCCGAAUACCCAAAACCCCUUGGUUGUCCCCUGAGCCCUCCCACAUCCCCAUCCUCAUGCCCAUUUGCUUAAAAGCUCCAUAGAUUUCAAAGGCGAAAUGUUGAUUCACCACUGCUCUUGAUCCGUUUCAGCUACAAACACCACCCCAACGUUCAUAUGUGCACAACUCAACUUAAAUGGCUUCAACAGAGCUUUUUGCUACCAUUCCUACCUUAUAAACUAUAAAGCUUGUUGUAUUCCCAUCCAUUUCAAUGAUGGAAUGCAGGCUUCAACGUUCUUAACUGAAAUCACUGCCACAAAACUUUCAGAAUGUUCAAACAAAAACAUUUGAAGAGCUUAAAAACACAUUAUAGAGCUUAUGAUGACAUGGGACUCACUCUAGCCCACUAUAAUACACUAUAAUAACUCCAAACCUACAAACCACCCCAAAAUUGGUCACUAUAACUAACACACAGCCUAUGAAAACCCUACUACUGCCAUCACUAUAACUAUUUUACAACCAUAACUACUUCAAGAUUAGCAAGCACACCACAUUUACUUCAGUAAAUGUCAUUUUCUAGUUAUUCUAUUUAUUCUCCUCAAUAUAGCGCUUAAAUUAUUUAAGCUAUUAACACGAAAUCAACUUCCAAAUGUGCAGACUAACUCAAAUUACAUUGCUUGAGAAUCUUUUUGAUAGCAUGUAUACUUUUUGAACUACAACAAUAUUUAAAAUAAUCUCCAAUGCAUUUCAAUGGCAAAAAAAUGGCCUAGACGUCAACAUUCUAGACUCAUCUUUCACUGCUUUAAGCUAUCAACACCAAACCAACUUUGAGAUGUUCAGACUGACCUGACUUAGAUUGCUUGCAUUCAGAUUUGUUAUGCUAUUUAUACUUUUUGAACUAUAACCAUUUUAAAUUAGCAUAAAUUAAACAUGGGUUUGAAUGAGAACUAUAGGAAUACAGUGUUAGCUAUUCCAAUUGGUCCUGCUCCUUGGCCAAUUAUGCUACAAGACCAACUUUAAAACAUUCAGGCUAUCCAAUUCUCUAACACUUUUUUAUAAACUAUUUUACUUUGCAGAAAUUAGCAUAAAUACAUGGAUUCAAUGCCAACCAUAAGAAAACAGUGGUAGACAUUUUAAAUGCUACUGCGCUUCAACCAUUUCAGCUACAAACAUUAAAACUAACAUUUUCAGAAAUGUUUAAACUAUAACAAUUCAAAAAUUGCAUAAAUUGGCAAAUAAUAACCCACCAACAGUAAUAGUAACUCUUGAACCGUUCAAACUAGAGACACCAAACCAACAUGUGCUUUUCAACUAUAACCAGUCACUACCAUUACUACUUUAGUCACUAUCACUACAACAACCAUAACGUUCUCCAGUGAUUAAAAAAAAUAACAUUUUCCUAUUGAAAGGCGGUAGCCCAAGUAUAAAUACAGCGACAUACACCCACUUAAGUGUAAAAAUAAAGUUUUGAGAAAAAUAGUGUUUUUUAGACAACUGCAAACUUCAAGGAGUAGGGCAUUC